AUGGACCAAUCCUACUUCCACUACGCACAACCGGAAUUCUCAUCGGAAACCUGUUUUCUUUCACCGGAAUACUCCUCCCCACCUAUCCAAUCCCAGUACUAUUCACACUACUCCGACCAUCAUUUUCUUCCAUUCAACGAAAACGACUCCCAAGACAUGUUCCUCUUCGAAGUCAUUACUGACUCCACCGGAGAAACCCACUCUUCUCCGGAGCAGGUCAUAGAUCAAGAAGAGAAAGAGUGGAGUUACAGAGGCGUGAGGCGGCGGCCGUGGGGGAAGUACGCAGCAGAGAUACGUGACUCUACACGAAACGGCGUUCGUGUAUGGUUGGGCACAUUUGACACUGCAGAGGAGGCGGCUCUGGCAUACGAUCAAGCGGCGUUUGCAUUACGGGGAUCGGCGGCGGUGCUUAAUUUCACGGAGGAUGUGGCAUAUGAAUCUUUAAGGGAAAUUGGGUAUGUAUAUGAAGAAGGGAGUUCGCCAGUGUUGGCGUUGAAGAGGAUGCAUUCGAUGAAGCGAAGAUGCGAGAUGAAGAAGAAGAAGCGAGAAGAAGUGAAGGAUGAAGAUGUUGUUGUUUUUGAGGAUUUGGGUAGCGAUUAUCUCGAACAAUUAUUGGGGUUUGAAGAAAACUGCAACACUAGUAAAAAUUGGUGA